AGCAGAUAUAGUGAAUGCAGGGUCCUGGGAGACCAGAUAUUGUGAAUGCAGGGUCCGGGGAGACCAGAUAUAGUGAAUGCAGGGUCCGGGAGACCAGAUAUAGCCAAUGCAGGGUCCUGGGGAGACCAGAUAUAGUGAAUGCAGGGUCCGGGGAGACCAGAUAUAGUGAAUGCAGGGUCCGGGGAGACCACAUAUAGUGAAUGCAGGGUCCGGGGAGACCAGAUAUAGUGAAUGCAGGGUCCGGGGAGACCAGAUAUAGUGAAUGCAGGGUCCUGGGAGACCAGAUAUAGUGAAUGCAGGGUC